AUGGGACUGCUGAGACUUGGAUUAAUAAUGCGAGAAUAUAAUGUCAAUGAUAAAGUUAAUUUAGGACAGGAGGCAGUAGGCCGGAUGAAAAAAGAACAUAUAUCCUCCCGCGUCACCCUGCCACUUACUGUUGAAGAGUACCAAGUGGCUCAGCUGUACUCAGUAGCAGAGGCUAGUAAAAAUAACACAGGAGGCGGAGAAGGUAUCGAGGUACUGAAGAAUGAACCGUUUACGGACUACCCACUGUUAGGAGGUAAAUAUUCCUCGGGACAGUACACCUACAAGAUUUACCAUCUAGCAAGCAAAGUACCGGCGUACAUACGUGUCCUUUUACCAAAGAGCUCGCUAGAAAUCCACGAGGAGGCAUGGAAUGCAUAUCCCUACUGCAAAACAGUAAUAAGCAAUCCUGGAUACAUGAAAGAUAACUUUUUUAUUAUGAUUGAGUCAUUUCAUAUUGCUGACACCGGCAAUCAAACCAAUGUCCACGAAUUACCUCCAGAAAAAUUAAAAAUUCGUGAAAUAGUACACAUAGACAUUGCGAAUGACCCGAUAAACAGCGCAGACUACAAGGAAGACGAAGACCCAACGAAAUUUAAGUCUGAGAAAACAGGUCGAGGGCCGCUGGUUGGCAAGGACUGGAAGAACAAUGUGUCACCGGUUAUGACGUGCUACAAACUCGUGACAUGUGAAUUUAAAUGGUUUGGAUUGCAAACCCGUGUUGAGAGUUUCAUCCAGAAAGCCGAGAGACGUCUUUUCACCAACUUCCAUAGGCAGGUCUUCUGCUGGACAGACCGCUGGUACGGACUAACAAUGGAAGACAUCCGAGCAAUUGAAGACAACACCAAGGAAGAACUCGACAGGCAAAGACACGAAGGCGAAGUACGCGGUAUGCGAGCUGAUGAAUGA